AUGACGGGCAGGGCAAAGUGGGACGCGUGGACAAACACGGGCGGGGCAGUCACGAGCAAGGCAGAAGCAGAGGCGCGGUAUGUAGCAAUCGCGGAGAGUCUGGGCUGGAAGGGACCUUUUGGUGAAGACAACAACUGGGACAACGAAGACAGCGGAGGCGGGGGCAGCGGGAUGGGCACGGCGGUGAGCGCGAUGGCCCGCCCUGAGGCUGUGCAGGACAACAGUCUGCAUGGGCUGGCGGUGGCGAAUCGGGCGGACGAGCUUGCGCUGCUGGAUGGGUCAGGCGUCGACUGGGACGCGAUGAAUUCACAGGGCUACACGGCGCUGCACCUCGCAGCGGACAGGGGCCACACGCUGGUGGUCCAGCUGCUGCUGCAGCGCGGGCGGGACCGCAACAUCCAGGACGAGGACGGGCUGACGGCGGCAGAGCUCGCGGAGGCGGCGGGGCACGACGGAAUUGUACGCAUGUUGGCUUCGUAG